GAGUGUUACUGAAGUGACAAGUUUCCGAAUUUCGAUCUCGUUCAUCAAUGGAUUCCCUCUCCCAAAAACCUAAACCCAGAAACUCUCUCUACCCAGAAGUAAUCGAUUCCAACCCCGAAGCCUAUUCGUCCUUCCAAAAACCUAAUUAUCAACAGCAGAGUUCUCUCUACCCUUCCCUUGACGUUGAUGACCUCAGCGACCUUGUCCAAACCCUAUUUCCCCGAAAUGACACCGGAAGCAGCGACGGCAGUGUUCAUUCGCCGUCUGCUCCACCGGCCGCUACCGAGGAGGUCCUCAUCAGGAUCUCCGGCGCCAUCCUCAACCUCAUCGACACCCACUACAGCGUCGAGCUCGCUUCCGGCGACUUCUCCAUCAUCCGCCUCCGGCAGGGUGACAGCGCCGUCGCCGUUUACGCCCGCGUUGCCGACGAGAUCCAAUGGCCCCUCGCCAAGGACGAAACCGCCGUCAAGGUCGACGACUCUCACUACUUUUUCUCCUUCCGACCCCCCAAGGGCUCCGAAUCCGAUUCCGAUUCCGACGAAGAAGAUCAGCGUAGCCGCGGGAAAGAUAAGAGCGGUUCCGAUCUGCUGAGCUAUGGGUUGACGAUUGCGUCGAAGGGGCAAGAGGGAUUGUUGAGGGAGCUGGACGCGGUUUUGCAGAGCUGUAGCAAUUUCUCGGUGCAGAAGGUUUCUGAGAGUUCGAAGAAAAAAGGGGAGGUUCUAGAUGGUUCAUUGGCGAAGGAGACUUCGCCAAAGGAUUUAGAUUCGGCGAAGAAGAAGGAGAUGUUGGAGGAGCGGAGCGCUGCGUAUUGGACCACGCUGGCCCCAAAUGUGGAGGAUUAUAGUGGAACCGCGGCGAGGAUGAUUGCGGCGGGUUCCGGGCACGUGAUCAAGGGGAUUCUUUGGUGUGGGGAUGUGACUGUGGAGAGGUUGAAAUGGGGGAACGAGGUUAUGAAGAAGAGGAUGAGCCCUCGCUCGCAGGCUCAAGUUAGCCCUGAAACCAUGAAGCGGAUUAGAAGGGUUAAGAGAGUGAGUAAAAUGACAGAGAAGGUGGCAAAUGGGUUCCUCUCCGGUGUCCUGAAAGUCUCUGGAUUUUUCGCCAGUUCAUUGGCAAACUCAAAAGCAGGAAAGAAGUUCUUCAGCAUGCUCCCAGGGGAAGUUGUGCUUGCAUCAUUGGAUGGAUUCAAUAAAGUGUGUGAUGCUGUUGAAGUAGCUGGAAGAAAUGUAAUGUCAACAUCAUCCGAUGUAACAACUGAGCUUGUCAAUCAUAGAUAUGGAGAUCAGGCUGCUGAGGCGACAAAGGAAGGGCUUGGUGCUGCUGGUCAUGCUUUGAGUGCUGCGUGGGCUGCUGUUAAGAUUAGGAAGGCUCUUAACCCUAAGAGUGCUCUUAAACCUACCUCCCUGGCCAAAACUGGUCUUAAAGCUGCAGCUGAGGAAUUUAAGGCCAAAAGUUCCAAGUAAUUAUGCGAAGAUUAGUUCAAUUUAAUUUUAUGUAAAGCUUAUAUCAGCUUUCCAUUACCGACUUUUUUCUCCAAGAGAACAUGAGAAGUUGAGAACAUAAACAUAUCAUUUGUUGUUUUUAGUGUAUUCAUGUACAUGUGUAAAGUGUGGCUGUUGUAUUUAUUUCUCUUAUGGCAUGAAAAAAAUUCACUAAUGUUUAGGGAUGAAUGUUAGAAAUUUUAAGAAUUUUACAUUUGAUUCUGAGCUGCAUGUGUCCUUUGUUGGCAUAAGUUGUUUCUAAAGUGCUUUUAUAGUAUCAUACCACUUUCACUUUCUGUGGAACGAGGAAUAUUAUGCUACCUCUAGUUUCUACUCCAAUUUCAAUAUGUGCUUAGAACAUUGGAAGAUAUUGCACAGCUGAGUGCUGGAAAAUCAGCCCUAAUUAGUUUGUACUUUCAUUAUCACUUAAGGUAGUUACACAUCAUUUUCUCAUGUUAUUUUCAGUAUUUGGAUCUACUCAGAUUGAUAUAAAUAUGAGAUUU